AUGGCCAAUCAGCUGGACAUUUGCGACUUCUCCGCGGAAAGCGGGAGUGACACGGAAAUCGACAUACCGUCGUAUGCCAGCACGCCCACCGAGUUCACGAGAAUCUUGCUCUCACGAGACACCACGGAGCCCAGCCAAACCUCCUCGCACACAAGCACGACCGAAACAUCCACCGAGACUCAAUUCACACAAUUCCUGAACCUCCCCAUCGGCAUCCGCCAGAUAAUAUACUCCCACCUCCUCGCUUUCCCAUCCAACCUAAUCAACUUCCCCAUCUGCGCCUACCCACACGUACACCCGAAAUACCUCUUCCCGCAAAUCCUCAUCGCCAACAGGCAAAUCCACACCGAAGCGCUCCCCAUCCUCUGCCAAACCAACAAAUUCGUCGUCGACACUGUCGUCCCGGUGCUGCUCCGGCCCAUCAUGACGAAGUGGCUCACAGGCGCCGAGGAGGUGGUGCUGCAUCUGUGGGAUAGCCGUGACAACCCAGUCAGAAAUAGGCUCGCGCUGGGCGCGUUUGAGGAUGUGAGGGGGGUGAGGGAGGGAAUGAGGAAGUAUUUGUGUUGGUUGGAGAGGAGUAUGAAGGCCCCAGUGGGGUCUCUGGUUGGUCUGGGUUGGGCCCCUAGCGGUGAUGAUGACGAUGAUGGAGAUUAUUGGGAGUUCACUAAUGAAUUGUGCGAUAAUUUCGGAGGCAUCAAUUGA